GCCCCGCCACUCUAUUAAACCCCACCACGCCACCACCACCUCUGCAACCGCUCCGCCCGGCAUCCCGGCAUCGCAUCCAGCCCCACAUCCCACCCCCAGCACCGUGAACGCAUACGUGUGCCGCGUCCACCCCCAGCGGUGCGCCGCAGAAACAGGCAGGCAGGCAGCUCUGCUCCCCUCGGUGCACGGCGGGACGGAAGCCAGCCAGCCAGCCAGCCAGAGAGCCGUGACGUACGGGCUAGCGGGGGCGCGCGCGGGGGGGCUGUAAGUAGCGCGGAUGGACCGAGCGAUCAUGCCGAGCGCGCUGGGGAGCGGCUUGGCAGGGUCGGUGAAGCUCAAGUACGUGAAGCUGGGGUACCAGUACCUGGUGAACCACUUCCUCACCCUGCUGCUGGUGCCGGUCAUGGCGGCCACGGCGCUCGAGCUGGCGCGCCUCGGCCCCGACGAGCUGCUCACGCUCUGGCGCUCCCUCCACCUCGACCUCGUCCACAUCCUCUGCUCCGCCUUCCUCGUCGUCUUCGUUGCCACCGUCUACUUCAUGUCGCGCCCCAGGCCCGUCUUCCUCGUCGACUACUGCUGCUACAAGCCCUCCCCGAGCUUCAGGGUGCCCUUCACCACCUUCAUGGAGCACAUCAAGCUCAUCUCCAACAACGACAAGAGCCUCCGCUUCCAGACCCGCAUCCUCGAGCGCUCGGGCCUCGGCGAGGAGACCUGCCUCCCGCCGGCCAACCACUACAUCCCGCCCAACCCCAGCAUGGAGGCGUCCCGCGCGGAGGCGCAGCUCGUCAUCUUCAACGCCAUCGAUGACCUCGUCCGCCGCACCGGGAUCAAGCCCAAGGACAUCGACAUCCUCGUCGUCAACUGCAGCCUCUUCUCCCCCACGCCGUCCCUCUCCGCCAUGAUCAUCAACAAGUACAAGCUACGCAGCAACAUCCGCAGCUUCAACCUCUCCGGCAUGGGCUGCAGCGCCGGCCUCAUCUCCAUCGACCUCGCGCGCGACAUGCUCCAGGUGCAUCCCAACUCGAACGCUCUGGUGAUCUCGACGGAGAUCAUCACGCCCAACUUCUACCACGGGAGCCGGCGGGACAUGCUGCUGCCCAACUGCCUGUUCCGGAUGGGCGCGGCGGCGAUCCUGCUGUCGAACCGGCGGCGGGAGGCGCGGCGCGCCAAGUACAGGCUGGUGCACGUGGUGCGCACGCACAAGGGCGCGGACGACCGCGCGUACCGGUGCGUGUACGAGGAGGAGGACGACGAGGGGCACUCGGGCAUCUCCCUCUCCAAGGAGCUGAUGGCCAUCGCCGGCGAGGCGCUCAAGUCCAACAUCACCACCAUGGGCCCGCUGGUGCUGCCCAUGUCGGAGCAGCUGCUCUUCUUCUUCCGCCUGGUGGGGCGCAAGGUGAUCAACAAGAAGUGGAAGCCCUACAUCCCGGACUUCAAGCUGGCCUUCGAGCACUUCUGCAUCCACGCCGGCGGCCGAGCCGUCAUCGACGAGCUGCAGAAGAACCUGGAGCUGUCGCCGCGGCACGUGGAGGCGUCGCGGAUGACGCUGCACCGGUUCGGCAACACCUCCAGCAGCUCGCUCUGGUACGAGCUCGCCUACAUCGAGGCCAAGGGCCGCAUGCGCAAGGGCGACCGCGUGUGGCAGAUCGGCUUCGGCAGCGGGUUCAAGUGCAACAGCGCCGUCUGGAAGUGCCUCCGCACCGUCAACACGCCCACCGACGGGCCAUGGGACGACUGCAUCCAGCGCUACCCCGUCCACAUCCCGGAGGUCGUCAAGCUCUGACGGACGGGCUCGCCGCCGGCGGUCGCAUGCACCGCCGUAUCCUUCCCUGAGUCGCCUGCAUGUACGUACGUGUCCCCCAAAACCUGGAGCUCCGUGGGGGGGCCCCGACCAAAUUAAACCAGUCUCUCUCCUUCGCUUUUUCUUUUCCUUUUUGUUUCUCUAUUUAUUUAUGUUUUCUUCGCGAUAAAUUAAAUUAAAUGGAUACUCGUGGGAUGCGUCCACACAAGGAGGGGAUCGGAUCAUUCACAAGGAGGUUGAUUAAUCGGCUACACGUAUAUUUAUAUUGGAUUGGACGACGCUAACGUGGGCGUGGUUGUUAAA